UUGACGGCCGUGAGCGGAAGUGCGGGUGUGAUUUUGGCGCGCUUGACGCGGCGGCGGGUGUUUGUUCUCAUCAAGAUGGCUGCUGUUGUUUGUGAUGAGCAGUGAGUCAUCCGGACACAGGCCGAGGACACGGACACCACACGCCGAGGACACGCACCCAAACCCGGCUGCAAGCCACACCAUCACCCCGCUAACCGAACCGGACCCAUCGCGAAGGGGGCGCACUGACAGACAGCAGAAAUCAUGGACACCACCACAUCCAUCAAGAUGACCACUCUGGCCAUCCAGAACCUGUUCAGCUACGUGGAGGAGGAGAACCUGUCUGCCCUGAAGGCUCACCUGGACCGCUUCAAGGAGGUGGACGGACGCAGCGACAACGGGCAGACGCCGCUCAUGCUGGCAGCGGAGCAGGGCAGUCUGGAGAUCAUCCAGGAGCUCAUCAGGAGAGGAGCCAACGUCAACCUGGACGACGUGGACUGCUGGUCGGCUCUGAUCUGUGCUGCUAAAGAAGGUCACGUGGACGUAGUGAAGGAGCUGCUGGAGAACAGCGCCUACAUCGAGCACAGAGACAUGGGAGGAUGGACCGCUCUGAUGUGGGCGGCCUACAAAGGGCGUGUGGAGGUCACGGAGCUGCUGCUGGAACACGGAGCUAACCCCAACACUACAGGACAGCAAUACAGUGUGUAUCCGAUCAUCUGGGCUGCAGGUCGAGGUCACGCAGACAUCGUCAAACUGCUGCUGAACAACGGCGCCAAAGUCAACUGUUCUGACAAGUAUGGGACCACUCCUCUGAUCUGGGCGUCCAGGAAAGGACACUUUGACUGUGUGAUGCAUCUUCUGGAGAACGGAGCUGACGUUGACCAGGAGGGGGCGAACUCGAUGACGGCUCUGAUCGUGGCGGUGAAGGGCGGCUACACGGAGGUGGUGAAGGAGCUGCUAAAGAGGAACCCCAACGUCAACAUGACCGACAAAGACGGGAACACAGCGCUGAUGAUCGCCGCCAAGGAGGGGUACACUGAGAUCGUCCAGGACCUGCUGGACGCCGGGACAUAUGUCAACAUCCCAGACCGGAGCGGUGACACGGUGCUGAUCGGAGCAGUGAGGGGAGGACACGUGGAGAUCGUCAGAGCUCUGCUGCAUAAAUACGCCGACAUCGACAUCCGAGGACAGGAGAAUAAGACGGCACUGUACUGGGCUGUGGAGAAAGGAAACUCCACCAUGGUCAGAGACAUCCUGCAGUGUAACCCGGACACAGAGACCUGCACCAAGGAUGGAGAGACUCCGCUGAUCAAAGCCACCAAGAUGAGGAACAUCGAGAUCGUGGAGCUGCUGCUGGAUAAAGGAGCCAAAGUGUCUGCCGUGGACAAGAAAGGAGACACGCCUCUCCACAUCGCCAUCCGUGGGCGGAGCCGCCGCCUGGCCGAGCUCCUCCUCAGGAACCCCAAAGAUGGCCGCCUGCUGUACCGACCCAACAAGGCCGGAGAGACGCCGUACAACAUCGACUGCAGCCACCAGAAGAGCAUCCUGACGCAGAUCUUUGGAGCCCGUCACCUGUCUCCCUCAGAGUCCGAUGGAGACAUGUUGGGUUAUGACCUGUACAGCUCGGCGCUCGCCGACAUCCUCAGUGAGCCGACCAUGCAGCCUCCGAUCUGUGUCGGCCUGUACGCCCAGUGGGGGAGCGGGAAGUCCUUCCUGCUGAAGAAGCUGGAGGAUGAGAUGAAGACGUUUGCCGGGCAGCAGAUUGAGCCGUUGUUCCAGUUCUCGUGGCUCAUCGUCUUCCUGUCUCUGCUCCUGUGCGGUUCCAUCGCCGUCGUACUCGGCUUCACCGUUGACCCGAAGCUCGCCAUGGCGGUGUCGCUCAGCCUGCUGGCUCUGCUCUACCUGUUCUUUGUGGUGGUGUACUUUGGCGGGCGUCGGGAGGGCGAGAGCUGGAACUGGGCGUGGCUGCUGAGCACCCGGCUGGCGCGUCACAUCGGGUACCUGGAGCUGCUGCUGAAGCUGAUGUUCGUGAACCCGCCGGAGCUGCCGGAGCAGAGCACCAGAGCUCUGCCUGUCAGGUUCCUGUUCACCGACUACAACCGCCUGUCGAGCGUCGGUGGAGAAACGUCGAUGGCCGAGAUGAUCGCAACGCUGUCCGACGCCUGUGAGAGAGAGUUCGGAUUCCUCGCCACGCGUCUGUUCAGAGUGUUCAAGACGGAGGAGACGCAGGGUAAGAGGAAGUGGAAGAAGACGUGCUGCAUCCCAUCCUUCAUCAUCUUUGUCCUCGUCCUGCUGUGCCUGCUCACCGGCAUGGCGCUGCUGGCCGUGUUCAAGGUGGAUGGCGAGAACCGGACAGUGAACGCGGUGCUGAUCGCCAUCGGCAGCGUGGUGGGUCUGGCUCUGCUGCUGAACUGCAGGACAUGGUGGCAGGUGACCGACUCUGUGCUGAACUCGCAGAGGAAGAGACUCCACGGUGCCGCCAACAGGAUGCACAAGCUGAAGAGCGAGGGCUUCAUGAAGGUGCUGAAGAACGAGGUGGAGCUGAUGGCAAGGAUGGCGAAGACCAUCGACGGCUUCACGCAGCAUCAGACGAGGUUGACGGUCGUCAUCGACGGACUGGACUCGUGCGAACAGGACAAAGUUCUGCAGAUGCUCGACACGGUCCGGGUCUUGUUCUCCAAAGGUCCGUUCAUCUCCAUCUUUGCCAGUGACCCGCACAUCAUCAUCAAAGCCAUAAACCAAAACCUGAACAGCGUCCUCCGAGACUCCAACAUCAACGGACACGACUACAUGAGGAACAUCGUCCACCUGCCCGUCUUCCUCAACAGCAGAGGACUCUCCAGUGCCAGGAAGAUGUGCGCGCCGGCCCCGGCUAACGGGGACAACACUGCCAACACUGACGGUUGGCACGAGGAGUUGGACAGGAAGCUGUCACAGCACAGUUUAGGAGAGCUGACGAAGUUUGGCAGCAAGACGACUCUGAACCGCCGGGACACGUACCGGCGGCGUCAGGUGCAGCGCUCGGUGACCCGCCAGAUGUCGUUCGAUCUGACGAAGCUGAUGGUGACGGAGGAUUGGUUCAGUGACAUCAGCCCGCAGACGAUGAGGAGGCUGCUCAACAUCGUGUCCGUCACAGGACGUCUGCUGCGAGCCAAUCAGAUCAGCUUUAACUGGGACCGCCUGGCGUCCUGGAUCAACCUGACCGAGCAGUGGCCCUACAGGACGUCCUGGCUCAUCCUGUACCUGGAGGAGACUGACGGAGUCCCAGACCAGGCCACACUCAAGACCAUCUACGAGAGAGUGUCGAAGAACAUCCCGACCACCAAAGACGUGGAGCCUCUUCUGGAGAUCGACGGAGACGUUCGGAGCUUUGAGGUCUUCCUGUCGUCGCGGACGCCGGUUCUGACGGCCCGUGACAUCCGGACCUUCCUGCCGUGCACUGUGAACCUGGACCCCAAACUGAGGGAGAUCAUCGCGGACGUGCGAGCCGCCCGCGAGCAGGUCAAUAUGGGCGGGGUCACGUACCCGCCGCUCCCCCUGCAGGAGGCUCAGCCCCGCCCCACCUCGGUGUACUCACAGGUGUCGUCGGCGUGCUCGCCAUCUGCCUCGUUCAGCGGCCCGUUCAACCCGCCGCCAGGGGGCGUGGUCUCCCCACAGCCGCACAGCAGCUACUACAGCGGGCUGGCCGGACCGCAGCACCCCUUCUACAACAGGCCAUACUUCCCCCAUCACCUGUAUCAGCUGCCACGCCCUCUCAUGGCGUCCGCACACCUAUCACACCUUCACGCACGCCCACCUCCUAAAACCUCCUUCAGCCGGGACGCCUCAGCGCCACCUUAUAAGGUUUCAUCUUUGAAAAGGAAGCAGGGUUCGGCUUCCGUGGUGUCGGGUGCUCCGGCCGUCCUCCUCAGCUCCAUGGCGACGGAGACCGUCUGUGAGCGUGUGCGGCAGAUCGACGGCAUUGACCAGAGCAUGAUGGGACAGUACACCGCUACCAUCAGGAAGGCGAACGUGAACGGCAGAGUUUUGUCUCAGUGUAACGUCGACGAGCUGAAGAAGGAGAUGAACAUGAACUUUGGAGACUGGCAGCUCUUCAGAGCCACGGUUCUGGACUUGCGUCACAUUGAGAGUCAGGUUCUGCACGAGGAAGCGGCCAGUGAGCAAGGCAGUGUUGUUGGCGGUCACAUCGAGGCAGGAAGGCGAGUGGUGGCUCCGCCCCUCGCCGGUGCCGCCAACACGGACGCGUCGCCGAUGUACAGCUUUAACCUGAGUUUCGAAGAACUGAGCACGCUCGGACUGGACGACCCGGCGAGACACGGGAACCUGCAGUGGAUGGGCGGCGCUCACCGGACCGCCAGCAUGACGAGCCUGAACUCGCAGGAGUCGUCCAACGACAUCGGCAAGCUGACGGACAAACAGCAGGCCGAGUACCGCAACGCCUACCAGGAGUACAUCGCCCAGAUGGCGCAGCUGGAGAUGGGCGGCGGCGGUGGAGAGCGGCCCGUCCAACCACAGCCAGGACAGUUCAUGACAUCAUCAUCAGAAGACAAGAGCAAAGACGGCGGUGAGCAGGACGGACGCAAGUCCUUCAACAAGAGAAGCGUCGGGAAACCGGCGGUCGACAGCACCGCUGACUUUGCUUCCAACGGUGACGCCCUGGACCCGAUCACGGAGGAGGACGAGAAAGGCGACCACGGCUCGUCCAAGUCGCUGCUGACACGUAAGACGUCAGCGGAAAGAGGCGGGCUCUUCACAGGCGCCGCUGCCGACCUGAAGCUGAAAGCCGGCGGCGGACUGCGAUACCAGAAGCUGACAAGCGACGACGAGGAGUCCGAAGAAUCCGACAACGCUCCACUGCUCAAAGACGGGAAGAAGGUGCUCGACGCCAAAGCGCCCGGCGCUGGCGGCGGCGGCUCGCUGGCGCUGAAGGGGAAGGACUACCUGUCGGACGCCAUGUUGGACAAGAAGGACUCGUCGGACUCGGGCGUGCGGUCCAACGAGAGCUCGCCGAACCACUCGCUGCAGGACGAGGAGGCAGACCUGUCGCAGUUGGAGCGCACCAACCUGAUCGAGCUGGACGAGGAGGGCGCGGCAAGGAAGCGGGGAUUACCCAGCAGCCUCAGCGGCCUGCAGGACCCGGCGGUCACUCGCAUGUCGAUCUGCUCCGAGGAUCAGUGCAGCCUGCUCGCCAGCAGCCCCGAGGAGAGCUGGCCGUCCUCCAAGAGCUUCAACCUGAACCGCACGCCAAGCAACGUCACGCUCAACAACAACACCAAUGCACGCCAGCCCGCCGAGAGCUCCGCCUCCAAUGCCACCUCCAGUGAUGUCAUCAUGUCCCCAAGCUCCGGGAGCGGCAGCAGCGCCACCAGGCCGGGUCCGAACAACGAGAACGUGCGCGUGGUUCACCUGAAGCGAGGCCUGAAGCCCGGAGACCCGCCGGAGAUCUGCACAGUGUCCUCCGACACCGUCAGCUUCGGCAGUGAGGAGCGCGAGAGCAUCCUGUGACAUCACGGCGAGCAGUGACGAGUCAGAGAGCACCGAGGGUCCAAUCAGGAGCCGCGCUUCCUGCGUCUGACCCAAUCGGGAGCGCCGUGUCGGCGUCGAAGCGCGGCCGCUGGUCGACUCGUCGUAACGUGUCAUGUGACCGCUGUGAUGACGUGACGUAGAUUUAGAAGCUGCAUGUUGAUGUUGUGAUGUCAUCGUACAGUUAGAUUGAUGUUUGAGGAUUGUGGGUAAAAACGUUGUGAUGGAUUGUGGGUAAUGUUGUUCGUCAGUAUUAACUUGUUAACAGUGUUUAAAUGAGGCUUUUAUUCUGAAAUUUAUCAUCAAUUUAAUGUCAAAAGAAAAUUAAUGAGCGAUGAUGUCAUCACAGGAAGUUGAAUAAUUAAUUUUUUUUUCAAAUUAAAAGAUUCAUUAAUAAAUAAAGAAAAAACUGAAUCCACUUCCUGUCCCUUACCAAAAUAAACUGACUUCCUGUCCCUUACCAAAAUAAAGUAACAGUUGAUGUUCAGAUAUUCGAUGUAACUCUGUGGUCUGCAUGUUUGUAGUUUUGUAGUUUUGUUGCUCUCUGACGUGAAUUUGAUGUUAAAAUAAAAAAUCUAUAAAAUCCUGA